CGCGUGGUCCGUCUCAUCGCCUUCCCCAUUUUCUUCUAUCUUGUCCUUUCUUAUUUUGAUUUUCUUUCUGAUUCGAUUACCGUUGAUCCCAGCUUGCGUUUGAGACCCUCCGACAUCCCAACCAUGAGCGCACCCGUCGACGUCAAGCAGCAAAAGCGCGCGAAGUUCCAACAAGUGUUCAACACCAUCCGCGAUGAGCUCGUCGAACACAUGAAGAGCGAAAACAUGGCUCAGGAUGCAGUAGACUGGUACAAACGUAAUCUGGACUACAAUGUGCCCGGAGGCAAGCUCAACCGCGGCAUGUCCGUUGUAGACAGCGUCGAGAUCCUCCGUGGGCGAUCGCUCUCCGAUGACGAGUACUUCAAGGCUGCACUCCUGGGAUGGUGCAUCGAGUUCCUCCAAGCAUUCUUCCUCGUCUCGGACGAUAUUAUGGACGCAUCCAUCACCCGCCGCAGCCAGCCAUGCUAUUACCGCCUCGAUGGCGUCGGAAAUAUCGCGAUCAAUGACUCUUUCAUGCUCGAGGGCGCUAUAUACCAUCUCUUGCAGAAGUACUUCCGAUCGGAGCCAUACUACGUUCAUCUCCUCGAGUCGUUCCACGAAACCACGUACAGGACUGAGAUGGGCCAACUUGUUGAUCUCAUCACUGCUCCAGAGGACCACGUUGAUCUCACCAAAUUUUCUAUCAAAAAGCACGCGUUCAUCGUCCAGUACAAAACCGCGUACUAUUCCUUCUACCUCUCCGUCGCACUCGCGAUGCGCAUGUGCGGCGUACCAGAGUCAUACACCUUAAACGGAAGGACAGUCGAGCCCUACAAGGCUGCACUCUCUAUCCUUCUCCCCCUCGGAGAAUACUUCCAGACCCAAGACGACUUCUUAGACUAUCACGGCACACCAGAACAGAUCGGAAAGAUCGGGACGGACAUCGUCGACAACAAAUGCUCGUGGUGCAUCAACAUCGCACUCUCCGUUGCAAACACCGACCAGCGCAAAAUUCUCGACGAGUGCUAUGGUCGCAAGGACGCCGAAAAGGAGGCUAAGGUGAAGGCCGUGUAUGAGGAGAUCGGCCUCCCGGCUAGGUAUUUCGCGUAUGAGGAGGAAGCGUACCAGCGGAUCACGACCCUGAUCAAUGAUAUCCCGGAGCCCGAGCCUGGCACCGAUAAUGGCUACUUGAGAAGGGAGGUGUUUACGAGCUUCUUGAACAAAAUCUAUAAGAGAACGAAAUAGAACAAACCUGCUGUGUCGAAUAACCUGUACUACAUAGAUGCGUCGAUACAUAGGGGCGUCAUACAUGGACGCUGAUGGGAACCAUGUGAUUGUAAUGACGUCAGUGGCCAAACCUCCAGG